CUGCUAUUUUAAUUUCUUUUCUUCACUCUUCACAUUAGUUGUAUAAAGGAACCCACUAGCACAGACAAGAUCCAAGUGCUGUCCAUCUCAGGAGUUCAGAGUAAUGAAUACUAUUCAUGCGGAUUCCUUUCUUCUAGACAUCAGGACCAGAAUGAACUGCAGCAAGAACCCUGACUUUGUCCUGUCAGGGCUGCUGAGUGACCCAGACAAACGACAGUUCCUCUUCAGUCUCUUCAUGGCCCUCUACUUGUUGGGUCUCUUGGGAAACUUGCUACUUCUGCUGGCUAUUGGUGCUGACAUCCGCCUCCACACCCCCAUGUAAUUCUUCCUCAGUCAGCUCUCUCUGGUCGAUCUCUGCUUCACUACCACCACAGCCCCCAAAAUGCUGGAAGCUUUAUGGACCAACAAUGGAUCAAUCACAUUCUCUGAAUGUCUGGCACAAUUAUAUUUCUUUGCUGUUUUUGCUGAUAUGGACAACCUGCUUUUGACUGUCAUGGCUAUCGACCGCUAUGCUGCCGUCUGCCAUCCUCUGCACUAUCCACUCAUAAUGACUCUUGGCAGAUGUGGACUGCUGGUGGGUGGGUCAUGGGGGGUGGCCCUCUCUGUUUCUCUUGUCCAUGCCCUCUUGCUAUCCCAACUAGCAUUCUAUACUCAUCAAGAGAUUCCCCACUUUUUCUGUGAUUUUGGCCCACUCUUUCAACUUUCUUGUUCUGAUGCCCACCUCAAUGAGAACCUGAUGAUGGUUCUGGCAGGACUUUUAGGAAUCAGCCCUCUCCUCUGCACCGUAAGUUCUUAUGUUCAUAUUUUACAUGCUGUAGCUAAGGCUCCAUCAGCACAGGGGAAAAAGAAAGCCCUGGUCACAUGCAGCUCCCACCUCUCCGUGGUCAUCCUCUUCUACAGCACGGUCUUUGCCACCUACCUGAAGCCCCCAUCCACCUCUCACUCCUCUGGGGAGCUGGUUGCUGCUGUCAUGUAUACCCUGGUAACUCCCACUCUCAAUCCUUUUAUUUACAGUCUGAGAAAUAAGGAUGUGAAGAGUUCACUAAAAAGGGUUUGGGGCAUAGAGAGCUCUUGGGAUUAG